AUGAGAAAAAAGAAAAAGAAAAAAGGAACAGGAAAAAUCCAAUCUCCCCGCCGCUCUCUUCCUCCGCGAAAGGGUGAAAUGCGCACUCCUUUCUCUCAGUCUUAUUUCAUUGGAACAGAAAUCCACAGCAUACGAUCUCGAUGCUAUAAAAGGGCGGAAAAGACGAGUGUCUGAAAGACGGCUUCGAAGAUGGGGUCUGAAGAAGCUAGGGUUUCUUCUUCUUCUUCUCCACAGUUCAAUCCCGAAAGUAGGGUUUCCAACGGAAGCGUCGAUUCUUCUCGAGGCGGGGAAGCUAGGGUUUCUUCAUCAGAGCUCGAUUCAGGAGAAGCCGAGAGAGAGUCGGAAGGUAGGGUUUCUGAGAUCAAAGACGAGGAUGCUUCGGAUUCCGAUGGCGGGAACAGCGAUUUCGCUGCUGGGAUGUCUGGAGUGGCGGGAAUUCAUGCUUCUUCGGACUCGGAGCUUGAUUCGAGAGGAGGAUUUGAGAGAGGAGCAGGAGCUAGGGUUUCUGAGAUGAAGACGGAGGACAUGCGUUUUGCAGGUAGAAACGGAGCAGAGUGUUUGGCUAUGAGGUCUGGAGGAAUCGAGAGAGGUGUCAAUGCUAAGUUUUCUGAAAACGAUGGGAGGUUCGAGGUUCUGGAUGCGGGAGAGGGUUUGAGCUACGGGUUUGAAGCAGGUGACAUGGUGUGGGGAAAGGUGAAAUCCCACCCUUGGUGGCCGGGCCAUAUCUUCAACGAAGCCUUUGCGUCGUCGUCCGUCCGUCGGUCUAAGCGAGAAGGCCAUGUCCUGGUCGCCUUCUUCGGUGAUAGCAGUUAUGGAUGGUUCGAUCCUGCUGAGCUCAUUCCAUUCGAGCCUCACUAUGGUGAAAAGUCACGGCAGACAAACUCGCGUAAUUUCAUGAAAGCGGUGGAGGAGGCUGUCGACGAGGGAAAACGGAGGCGUGCUCUUGGGCUGGCUUGUCGGUGUCGGAAUCCAUUCAAUUUCCGGCCUGCUGGCGUGGAGGGGUACUUUUCAGUUGAUGUGGAGGAGUAUGAUCCUGGAGUGGUUUAUUCAGCGAAGCAGAUUAAGAAGGCGAGAGAUAAUUUUCAGCCUGCAGAAGCGCUUUCUUUUGUACAACGGUUGGCACUGACACCUCGGGAUAGAGAGGAGCAUCUGAGUAUAGAUUGGAUUCACAGCGUGGCCACAGUCCUUGCGUACCGGAAGGCAGUCUUUGAGGAGUUUGAUGAGACAUAUGCUCAGGCAUUUGGGAUGCAGCCAGUUCGCCCCACUCGUAACUCACUGGAGGCAUUGGAACAGCUUGAUAAAGCGCUGCCUCGAGCACCUUUGAGCGGUCCUCUAGUCAUUGCUGAAAAUUUGGGUGAGAGGAAGACCAUAAAGUCUCUCAAACCCAAGAAAGACAAGUACCUGUUCAAACGGCGUGAGGAACCAAAUGAUCAGCGGGCCGUUUCGAAGCCAGGAUCCCAUCAUGUUAGCCAAGUCCAACCAGGUGUUUUACACCCAUCAGCUUUGAAGGAGGCACCGGAUGCUUUUCCUGCCCAGGCAGGUCAAUAUGUCUUGCAGAGGAGAGCGCUGUCUGCUGUGGAAAAGCACCUUAUUCUAACAAGCCAGCCUCCGGAAUAUGGCAGUGUUCCCCCCGCCCAAGGUUCAGAAGACAGGGAAUUGCAGCUGGGGUCAGUGGAUAAUAAGAAGGAUGUUCUACAGGAGAUGAGUGGAAGUGCUAGGUCUGAUGAAACCAUCGGGUCCACAAGCAAAAUAUCUGACACAUCCAAUUUGUCAGGAAAAUUGGAGUCAUCUGGCAUGGUGGAUCAUGUGGAUGAGAAAGAUUCAGUCCUAGAAACAAGGAUUUCUGAAUCGACAGGUGUGGAUGGGGUGGUUAAGACGGGAAAGGUCCUUAAACGCCUAUGGGAGGAUUCAGGCUCUGAGAAAUCGGUCAUGGUGGAGAAAAAUAAGAAAAAGAAAAAGAAGAAAGAUUCAGGCAUUGAAACUAGUCCAGACCAUCCACCCAAGCGUCCUAAAAUCCCAAAAGAUGGGGAGUCUAAGAGAAAAUCUGCAGGAAAAUCCCCCGGGAUUAGUUUGGUUGAGCAUCCGCAGAUGGAAUCACAGAAGAGAGAUGAUGGGGUUGGUGCUGUUUUGAGCUCCAGUCCUGCCGUUUCACCGCCAAAAUUCGACAUUGGAAGUACCGAGAUCGAGCUCCCGGAGCUAGUUAGCGACCUGUUAGUCCUUGCCCUUGAUCCUUUCCAUGGCAUCGAGCGUAAUAGCCCAGAGAUAGUGCGCCAGGUUUUCCUUAAAUUCCGCUCGCUUGUUUAUCAGAAAAGCUUGGUCCUGCAACAAGCAAGUGAAUCUGAGACAUCGGAAGUCCGUGCUAAAUCUAGUGUGGGCAGAUUGCUGCAGGAAUCUGGCAUAGGAAACGCUGAGAUUGCUCCCGGCGGGGAACGGAGGGAUCCGACAUCUGCUUCAAAAUCUUUGAAACAUGCACCGAGAUUGGACGAUCCUACAAAGAUGGGCCGGAAAAGGAGCCCUUCUGAUCGACAGGAAGAGAUGUCCGCGAAGAGGUUGAAGAAACUGAAUGAAAUGAAGGCCUUGGCUGCAGAAAAGAAAGCCGGAGGCCAGAAGGCAGCAGAUGGGCAGAAGGGGGAGCAGAAAGAGACGGGUACUGCUGCCCCGACAAAGCCAAUCAAGCCAGCAGACUCUGUCAAGAAGCCGGAACCUCCAGCAAGGGCAUUAGCACUGACGGCUCUGGUGAUGAAAUUCCCACCCCGAACAACGCUGCCAUCCCAGCCCCAGCUGAAGGCAAGGUUUGCACGAUUCGGCCCGCUUGAUCUCUCCGGGACGCGAGUCUACUGGAAGUCAUUGACGUGCCGGGUCGUGUUCAGGCACAAGGCUGACGCAGAGGCCGCCUAUGAUCAUGCCAUCCGGAAUAACACCCUGUUCGGGCAUAUAAGGGUGAGGUACCACCUACGAGAGCUCGAGACACCGGCUCCGGAAAUACCUGAAGCUGGCAAGCGACGAAUCGAUGACAGUCCGGAUGAUUCCCUGCAGCUGAGGUCCGGCUGCAGCGACGUUCUGGGCGAGCCAAAGCCCAUGGUGCACCGGCAACUACAGCCAACUGUGCAGCUGAAGUCGUGUCUAAAGAAGCCAUCAGGCGAUGAGGUGGGGCCCGCUGUUAAGGAGAGCCCACGUGUAAAAUUUUUGUUGGGUGGUGAGGAAAGUCGGAGAGGAGAGCAGUUGGUGACCGUUAGUAAUAACAAUGGUAGUAAUGCAGAUGGGGCAUCUUCUUCUUCCCAGCCAUUUGAUGUUACUAGUAUUAAGAACACGAAAUCAACGGUCUUUCUUCCUCCCCCACCGCCUCUUCCUCCCCUUCCUCCCCCACCGCCUCUACCUCCACGCGUCCUAGACGUCCAUGAGAGCCCCGGAGUGGGCCAUUUUAGCAAAAUCCAUCCAAACCGCUAUGGCCAUGUGCCGCCGUAUAGUGAGGUAGAGGGAAGGAACACAAGCGUAGUAGACAUAUCUCAUCAGAUGCUAAGCCUCCUGAUGAGGUGCAGCGAUAUAGUCACUGAUGUGAACCGCGUGUUAGGCUAUGUACCUUACCAUCCCCUCUGACUUACAAUCUAUGGCUGCUCGAUCCUAGCCCUACGCUUUCGGCAGCAAUGAUGAGAAAUCGAGAAAUCAUGAGUGGCAGACGGACGGAUGGACGGUGAUGACAGGAUGGAGAGAGAGAGGGAGAGGGAGAGAUUGUAACGCACAAAAGGGCCCAUUUUAAGGGCGUUGAUUGAUGGAGAGGAACAUGUAGCUUAAAAGAGGAAAACGAGAAUUGCGUUUUCCGUUGCUUUCCAACGCUUUUGUCCUUUUUAGUUGUUUUUUUUUUCCUUCUCAUCGUUACCCCUGUUUAUGAUUUGAUUGUAGGCGUUAUGCAUGUGUACAAUAUAUACUCGUUACAAUGGUUUUGGAUGGUUA